CACUGGCUGGAGCGCUAGCGCGAGAAACAAUGAAAUAAGCGCGACGCCUUUUAAUAAGAGCGACAUUACAGAGAACAGUUGCCGUAAGGAAGAAUUCGGAUUGCCAGAGGAUGCGAGUGCUCGCCAUGCUACUACGAUCAGCUCGGGCCAUAGCCCUGCGGCAAUUGCUCUGAGAAGGCCUCCCAGUCAUCCUUGUGUGGGAAACAAUCAACAACCCGUCGUGCUGUUUGCGUGUGACCGGUCUCUGCUUUACGAAAACUUGGCCCUACUUUUUCGCGUCGGUAAAGCAACUGUUUGGCGGCGGCGAUGCGGCCUGUGUUGUUUCUUCUGUUAGCAUUGUGUUUCGCGGUUGGAUGGGCGACCAGCAGCAACCAAGGGGCGCACGGACUGGCCCGCGUCAUGAGGCCCCUGUGGUGGCCACCCGGCAUGGCCCGCAGGCAGGUGCGGGCCGGACAGCCCAACGCCAAGCAAGGAAAAGAGUCUCCCGGUGAAAAACCCGUUCACAGUGCUGGGGAGCAGUCAGCGGUCAGAGCCCCGAGGGGGGCACCACAGUACGACGUUCCGCAAAUAGAAUGCCCGAGCGCGGAAGACGGCAUGGAACGGUUCGCGUGUCCUUCCCCAGACCGGAUGGGCCGAUAUCGGUGUAUCGACGACCACGUCCUCUGCGACGGAUUCAUCGACUGUCCACAAGGAGAAGACGAAGAUCGCAUGUCCUGCAUGUUCUACAAAACGACAAAGGCACACCUGGACGUGCUAGCGGACGCCCUCCUAAGGUGGGCCCGGGGCCGCUACUAGAGGCUGACGCCUGGUCGUCCCCCCCGCAAGAGCCUUCCCACAGAAGAACUGAUGUUGCGCUCACUGUUACGGAGUUUCAUCGGGCGAUCAUUCAUUUCCUAUGUAACCAACAGGGUCCAUUUUUAUGCUAGGUCAGAGCUCCUUUGAACGAGGGCCACGGAGAAAGUCCCCACAUGUUUCGUAACGGUUGCUAGGGGGUACCCACGCUGCCAUCGGUUGCCGACAAUCGAGUGUAGUAGGUGCACGUGACUAUUGAAUCUUCCAUAACACUCGUCGCAUAGAGUACCGAUGUGGCCAACAGCGGAAGGGCAUCUCCCUCAUGAGGUUCGUCUUAGGAUCCUCUCACUCAGGAAAAAAAAAAGAUGUCUCUUAGGAAUCUUAACGAAGAGGUAGAAAGUGUCGUUUAUUUCGUAGUAUGGACUAAAAAAAUCACAACUAGAUACGUCUGUUUCGCAAGAGUAGACUUUGGCAGAGCAGAAAUAUUUGUGCUCGGUUGGUGCCACGGGUAUGAGACUAAUUUCACCCCAAAACAUGUACGUGUAUCUCCCACCUAGACGUCGUCUUCAUCACCUCUUGCCAGUGCUUUGACCACGGCACCUGUUUCCGUCAACUCCUUUUAUGGAAGACCAGAAGUCGCGUGCCCUCGUCCAAUCAGCGGUCAAGAGAAAACGAUGACGUUUACGUGGCUGAUACGCGUCCACACUUGCAGCACUUAUCAAGCAAAUCUUGAUAGAGCUGGAGGACACGCUCCUCUCACUCCGGCUACUCGUAAGAGAGGUAGGAAUGGCUCUCUGCUUGACGACUCGUCCGGAUAGAACCAUCCAAAAGAGAUAUUUUCUUGUACCGUAAUUGGUGCCACCAUUAGAAUACCUCUAGGCACUCUUGCGGAACGAGUGGCAUGGCAGGUCUCGCAGUUCUUGCCUCGGCCAAAACUCUCAGGGCGCAGUUAAACGGCACAGUGUCAAAAAUUGGACGUGCCAUUAUAAUAUACGAUGUGUCAGCAUUCCAAGCACUCUGUCACGCACUAUGUGACCACUCUUCAAAGGGCUCAUUGCAGUUGUAUGUCGUGUGGGUAAUGCUCGCGUGGGGGGGACCGGAUAAAAAAAAAAGAUACAAUCGGUCCUAAGCAGUUUGCAAUCCAGUGUGUGGAUAUGUAUUAUCUUUACUGGAGUUCGCGAGAACCCUUUCCACCUUUCGUCGCGACCUCCCCCACAACACGACAAUCUACUUCGUUCGCAUAUAUUUAUUUGUAAAUUUAUUUUUCUACCUCGGUACGAACAUACAUUCCGCGUUCUAAAACGCCACCACACAGCACGGGUUACAUGGGUGCCUUGCUUUCAAAAAAGAUGACACCCCAAUAAUCGAUUCAAUGUGUACGCCAAUACAAAAAAGGAAUAUAUCCACCGGAAUAUAAGGACACAGGACCCAUAUAUCCACAGGAAUAUAAUAAACCACGCGUGUUCGAUUCGGAUAUAUACCGCCGUUUACGAUGGACGUAAUCCCCGUAUACACUGUCACCUCCCCAUUUAUGGACAACUGGGUUUUUUCAGAAUACCGUAUAUCCUCGACAGAGGGAUUCCUGCCAAGCAUGGUAUAUUCGGGAGAGGGAAAUAAUUUUAUGCCUUUAAGUUUUGUAUUUUUGGAGAAGGUAUGGCUUUACCCAUUGCCCUUGUUAAAUAUUUUUGUGGGUGAACGUCACAGUACUGAAAAAAAAAAAAAGAAAACGUAGGAAGAAAAAGUAGAAAGAGGAAUAUAUUUUUUUAUUUCACUUCACUUCAGCUUCAUUCAAAUCUUCCCAGACAAGCCAUUACAAAACUUCUUUUCCAUAUUCCUCUUCCAUACGACCAAGCAUUUCUUGUUAGUACCUAUCGGAAAAGUCUUCUGCCGUUCAUUGCUUCACAGCUGUUAUUCGCCUCGUUAGAGAGUCAAAGCUGUCAAGCAAUGGGUGUUUCUUUCCGUCAAAACAUGUCCUUUGCCUGAGAAAGCCAAUUCGUAGGACGAUGCCAAAAUGCAUGGGAAUCAUUCUGUCGAACAAAAAAAGAAAAAAAAUGUCAGAGAUUCGUAAAUGGAAUGGUGACAGUUAAUAUCAAUCAAAACAAAAAAAAGGGGGGAGGGAAUAAGAGGUUAGGGAUAUUUCACGUCGAAAUCAACAGAAACAGGGGUGGUCCGCAAGGCAGAAAAAAAAAAAAAAAAAGAAAGAAAGAAAUUAUGUGUUCCUCUCUAGAAACAGUUCUGAAGGAGUAACUAGUUCUAUCGCUGGCGACUCCGCGGUUGUGUCGAUCAGUUAAUCACUGUAAAUAUAUGCGCAAUACUGAAGAAUUUAUCGCCUGUGUUCUCCGUCGCCGAAACAAAAAACAAAAAAAAUGUUUGCCCCCGCGUUUCUUGUCCCGAUAUAGCUAGCAAAUUUUACAGUAAGACAAAUGUGAUAAAUGGGGAAACAGUUUUUCCCGCAAUCAAGGAUCGGUUAAAGAGCCAAGGCCGCCAUUUUGCGGUCGGUUUGUUCCAUCUUAAAAGUCACUGAAAGAGAGACAGAGUUUUAAAAAAAGACAUUCUAUAUACAUAUAUAUAUAUAUAAAAAACUGUGUCCACAAAUGUGUUCAUCGUGUUCUCUCACGCUUUUAGCUUCAAACUUAGACGAUUUCCACUCUUUUCAUUUGCUGCCAUUCUAGAGAACUUAUUGUUUGUAUUUAUAAAUGUGUGAUGAAAAAAAAACAUUCUCUAAGCUGUAAAAUAUUGUUGUGGUGAGCAUGACAACUGUUUUUCUUAUGUAUGUCCGCUGCCUGCUAUGGAUGUUAUUGCCUGCUAUAUAUAUAUAAUACACACAUUCGACGAAAAGGGUGGUGCGAAAAGAGGCAUAUAUAUAUAAGUUGAACCCAUACGUCGAUAUUCGGCUUUCCGAUGGGAAGCAAAAGUACUGCAGAAUCAGCCUUGGCCGACAAGACCUUAGUCUGGAAAUAUAUUAUCUUUCCAAUUAAAUUAGAAAAUGUAAAGUAGUAAAAGUACACGAACGGACUUGUGUUUUGAACCAGGAGGAAGCGAUAUAGGAUGGGGAGAACGAAGGUUAAAAACAUCACUUUUGACAAAAAAAAAAGAAGAAGAAAUCGUGACAGCAAUACCAUUUUGUCGAUGGUUAUAACCGAACACUGGAACACUUUUCAUAGCUUCUAGUCGUGUUUAGAGAUCUUACGUGCUUCUGAAAUACAAUUUUGCAUGUGGAACGCAUCUAAAGCCUCAUUGGUCAUUGCCGAAAUGGUCAUUCCCUCUUAUUGGUUCGACGGUGCCGACUACCGAUUGCAUUGUGUUUUAAAGUGCACCUUUCCGAAAUAACCUUUCUCGUUCUCAGUUUAAGUUCUUGUAAAUGAUCCACAAAUAUCUAGGACAUUUUGGUAGACGUGCGGGAAGUUACCGGAUCGCAAAAGGUCUGCAUUUUCCAAAGUUCGCAAGUUUAAAAUUUCAGUUUCUUUGAAAUGAGCACGCUGAGCUCGUAUUCCAAGCCCUUAGUUAUUCACACAAACCCUUUCGAACUCGAAACAACGUUACGAAAAUGGUCGCAUUUCCUCUAACGCAGCACAGUCGUGAGCUGCGUUGGCGGAACAACGUAUCGGGUUUACAGGGCACAGGCAAUGUUGGAUAUGAAAUGCUCGGCCGCGGUGAGAGACGCAUUUUUAGAGCGUUUUUAAAGCGUUUGCGAGACGUAGAUACAGGAUAUUCAACUCAGUGGAUGAAACAUUUGCAAUGUGCUGCCAAUUAGAGUAAGUGGAAAACAGAGAGAGUUCUCCAAAGUUCACGAGGCUGUUUUCUAAGGCUGAAUGGAGGAUGUGUUGUUUCGCCAAAUGUGAAAAAACGUGUAAGCUUUCUUUCAAUAUUCAGAUUUCUGCCGAAAAAGUCGUCUGUUAUUCUAGCAUUAUUGCGCAUCAGUGUUUUGCAUUAAUAUAUGUACUUAUAUUACCUACUGCAUAGAUAAUUAAUUCUUUAUUUUUAAAAAAUACCAUAACUAGGUUGAGUGGCACCUAAAAGAAGGGCUCGGACAGUACGGACGUCUCAUAAUGUUGCGGACGCGUUAUCUACCUGUGACGUUUUUGCGAUGUGACAAUCGUAAGAGCUGAUGCUUCCUGAACACAAAGUGCAAGCGGGCCACUGCAACAGGCAGGAGUAACGCAGUACAUAGGGCAUCAUGUUGGGGAAUAACGCAACAGAACGAACAACGAAGAGAGGGGAAUCAGCACUCCAACUGGCUGAUUUCCGAUAAGCCGAGGAAGCCAGUGCCGUGCGCAAAAGGAUUCGUAACUGAUUCCAUUUUGAAAAAAAAAAAAAAAAAGAACGAGAAAAGCCAAAAAAAUGGCGACUCGGCCCGCGGUUUGGUAUCUCGGAAAAAGCCACAGUGAUAAGUAGGGCCCUCCGAUAUGGUAUUUGACUACUGUGGGUAGCUCGUAAACACCUUUAUAUUUUGUGGCCGCCAUCGAAGACAACACUCGAGACAACAAUACUGCAAUAUUCACCUAUCUUGCACUUCUAGACCAAAAAAAUCGCAAUGAGCUUGCGGAAACUUGCAUGACGCGACCGACGGAACCGCCCUGGCGUUCCCUUACUGCAGGCCCACAUUUCCUUUCUUCAGGUGUAGCUGUGUACAGCACACAAGACAUCUGCACUUCCUCUAGUUCCCCUGUGCGCCCUUUCCCUAGCUUGGCGCCCCAGUUAGCCCGUCUGCUACGGGCAUAUCCUGUCAUCUGCAUUCAACGACGGUUAUCAUUCCGAACAGUGCAGGAGGAUACCAGAAACCGCUAUUAAAACACGCUAGGUAACACGACACCACUGAAGCAUCUAAGUUUUCUGGAGAAUAUCGAAAUUCGGGAACACGGCGCGUGGCGUUCAAAGUUGUCCGAACUCUCCCCUUUAUGGUGCUCCUCAGUCGCAUUUCUGCUGCUGUUUCACUUGGGCGCCUUCUGAGCGCGAGAGGACGAAGCGAGUGCCUCUUACUUUUUUCUUCUUUUCUUCUUAUGAUUUGAGAUCACGUGAUCUGCACCCUCACUGACAUUAGAGCACCCCUGAUGAGAAAGUGCAAAUUAUGAGUCACGCGAGAGAGUUCACCUCUUGUCGUCCGGUGUAGCCAGGAAUACACAUUAUGCUAUAUCGCACCAGACACACACACAUACACACACACACACUCACGUACAAACAUCAGACGAUCAAACCCCCACUCGGCUGCUCAUGCCUCCCUCCCUCUUUGUGGCUGGAACAUUCUCGGCACCUUUUCUUCGUUUCAUACGCAGAUAUCAACAGAUAUCCCAGCAGGUAUCCACAACACAGUAUGUAAUAAUAACUGUUACUUCAGCCGAAGAGCUUUGUUUCUCAAACUUAUCCUUUCGGGGGACUAAAAGCCGCGUCAACGGGGAUAUACGUCCACUAUUUUCUUUUUCAACUGCGCGAGAAGAUACCGACCUUCGCCACAUAAGUAUGUCGGCCACUGGCGGGAACCAAGCUCCGCAACUAUGGGUAGCGGAUGCCGCCAUCUUGUUUUUUUUUCUUGUACUAAUUGAGGAACGGAGGAGCGGAGAAGCGUGGUUUCUUCGAAGACGUGAAGCCGAAGCUGAUGGGCAGCCAUGGGUGACGCUACCACUUGUGUUUCGGUUUCGGUUUCAUUGUUGCCUGCAUAGCGGUUUUGAAACCGAAAAGCGGAAAAAUCCAUCGAUUUGGCGAGCGUAGAUUAAAAUAGCAGCCUCAGGUCGGGAGACGCCGAUAAUUGAAACUAUAUAUAUAUAUGUGAAAUUCUGAUUUGCCGAUAACCGACGUGCCAACAUCGGGCUUCUGCUUCAAUAAAAGUUUGAAGGGUAGUCUAGGGAGUCCUGGAUAGCCCGCAGCAUCUCACAAUGCCCCCCCCCCCUUUUCGGUGAAGUGGCGUGUGCGAAGCCUUCUCAUUGGCCAUCUCAGGUAACGUGACCCUUACGACACUCCCAAAGAAGCCAAAAGCCCUUAACCCCCUACUGAUGCCGCCACCUGUUCUCUCGAAUACCAUACGGAGACUCUUCGACUUUUCUCCAUGCUUCUCUUGUACUUGCCCAGUGUGUUUGUCCUUUGCACAGCGUUUCCUUUAGUGCCCUUUUCCUUCGUAAUCUCCCUCUCAUUUAUUAUUGGUGCAAUUUUGUCUUCUUCUGUAUAGUGUUCUUUUCCGUUUUCUUCUUAUUUUUUUUAAAGCAAUGUAUAAGUUGGGAGACGACGUACAUUUAGGUUCUAUCUGUGUUCGAGUUUAUACGGUGUGACGCCAAAGGUUUCAAGUGCUCCGAUCGAGACACGGUUUGGCCAAAGGAGGAAAGUAACAAACAAAAAACAAAAAACACGAAAAGCUAAGCUUAGCUUCGGAACACCUCGGGAGGUGCGAUGUCACUAACAAAUAUGCUCCGUCGCACACAAAGGCAGAGGCGGCUAUCACAGUGCUCUGUACAAGCUGAUGCGCUCGCGUACUCUAUGUGCAUAAUUGAAGUCCUCGAAGUGCUAACGCGUAUACAACGGCGUUUUGAGAAAAGAGCGUGUCUGUCUUCGAGGAUCCCGCACUAAAAGCAGCGUUAUACUAAAUCUUCAUUUCUGCGAGGAAUUUCUAUUCUGCCGGGACCAUAUUUCCACCAGAACGCUGUAAGCGGAAGCGUUGUAAGCGGGACUUCGUUGCUUUUUUGUUUUUAUUUUUCUUUAAGCGGGGCUCGUUUAUCGUAGUUCCUCGAUGCGCGUUACAGUCCCACGAGUCCUUCAUUUCCGUACAAGGUUCGGAAAAUGUAUCGCGCGGUACAUAGUUGUGACAUGUAGAGGUAGAUUAGAAGCGUUCAUAACGCGCUGCAGCUAUUCCUUUUUGGCUGAUACACCUUACGUGUAAAUCUAAUCCAAAUGCCUAUUUUUAUUUCUAUUAUUUAUUGUUAUUAUUAUUAUUAUUAAAUUCUUUUUGCCGAUUGUCAAGCGUUAUUAUUAGCCACUACGUGUGACUAUUACUAGACCUUCGAAAUUACGAGAUCCGUGUGAUUAGUCACGCAAUAAAAGAAAUGAAAGGGAAAUGAGAAAAUUUUGUUUUAUUUUUUGGGCAUCGUCCCAAACGCGUUCUGCUUGUAUGCUGUAGCCUUAUCGGGUCCCCACGUGGUUCUAAGGCGUUACGUCUUGGGCCCUGUUAAUAACGCAAACAAAUAAAAAAUUUCGGGCUGAAUGGAUACUGGCGAAAUACAUCGUGCGCUUUCUUCAUGUUUUUCUUCUUAUUCUUGAUUAUAAAAUACCUAAAGCAAUUUCGCUCGCUUUUUGUUUUUAUUAUUAUUAUAUGUUUCGUAUAUGAAUCUGAAUUCUAUGGUGAACUUCCGUGGCUUCUGUAUAGGCUGAAGGCCUCCUUCAAAACCAUAACAAUCAGCCCCAUCAGACGACACCUCGAGAUCCAUCCCUUCUACAUGUCUUCGUGUUUUUACCUUCUCCAAAAAGCCGCCAUACAGGAGAAACCGAAAACGUUGAAAAAAAAAAAGUAUUUGGAACACACACACACAACACAUUGACAGAAACGUUGGAAAACUGCGCAACAUAGCAGUUCUCCUGAAGCUUCUCGCAGUUCUAGCUUUCUUUCCGGAAGUUAAAUUUCUAGCUUCUCAAGUUAUUUUUUAAAUUUAAGUUUCUAGCUUCCUCGAUUUCAGAAUACGGCUAACGUAUAGUUGACGAGACAGGUAGUAGUUUUUCUGGAUAGUGUUAUACCUGGAUAACUAUCGUUUUCACAUGCAAUUGCUCGUUCAUCCCACAAACCAAACGGAGGCAUGUCCAUGAGGGGAAUAAACGACCCAAUAAAAGUGCAGAAAAUUUGUAAAUAUUACAGCAUCGAUCGUACUGAUUCGCUGAUUCGAUCGUACUCACAUUCAACAGCAGGCGGUUCUACAGAGUAAUUUAAUUUGCACAUUAUAUGCACACCAUACAAAAGGGGGUUUAUUAAUUUCUAAGUUGUCAAAUGGCACAUUCUACACAAAACAUUAUUCUAUUCUAUUAAACCGUAUUCUAUGUAAAACACGGUUUCACACAGGUGUGAAACUUUUCCUUUUCUUUGUUGCCGCACUAAUCAAUUUUUUUUAACAUUUGCUUUCAAUUCCCGUUUUCUUUUCUUUUUUUGCAAUCGGCAGCACCCAAGUUAAUGUAGCUUACAUCGCCGUGUUAUUCUUUUUCAAAUUCAAUUAUAGUUCUCGUAACACCUUUUCCAGCGCUAUUAUUGCACUUUUCGGUUCAGUCCACGGGUUAAAAAAACGCGUCUAUUUAAAAAUGAAAGGGAAAACGUCCCUACUACACGCUGAAAAGAUAUAAAAAACAUAUUCUGUAGAAGAACAUGUACGGUUAAUGAAGACAGAGAGGAGGAGUUGGAGGGGAUAGGCCCUUAUAAGGUCCUUAUAUGAGCCCACUGUCGCCCCUUCGCGUGAUUCUUAAGAUUUGCGCAACAACAUAAACAACAAAAAAGUACGUCGCAUAUCUACGUAUUUCGUACCGAUUGAUUCCGUAGGACAUAGGAACAGAAUGCAAGUCAGCUGCUGGUUGUUGUUAACAUUUUCCCUGCGGCAUUUUCCCUGGAACAUCAGAGCAACCUCGGGCAACCCCCAGCGCUGCAAAUCCGUACAGAAAGCCCUGGUGAACUUUCUGGAGCCUGUGGACCCUCACGGUCGGUUCUAGUGCAAGGAACUGUAGAACCAGGCGUGGUGAGCCUUCCCCUUCCCCCUUUCCCCUUCCAUCCCUUCCCGGAGAAAUGUGCCGCCAAUCUAGGAAGGCAGAUCGCUCGAGUCUCACGACACCCCCCCCCCCUUCCCCCCAUGGGGAGGCAAGAAAGAGGAGAGGGUUUUUGCCUCCCCGUGUGCGCGUCUCUCACCAGACUCGGGGGGGGAAACGCUACAAGCAACCGAUUGUUUCUGUUAUGAAGCAUGCUUCGUCCUCGUUUGGAAGAUCUGCUUACCUAUCGCGAUAGAAACACCCAGCGUUUGAUCGUCAUCAAAAGAAAUGGCUCCGAUAACGACACCCAGCGAAGAAAACAACAUUCCGGCGCAAACAGAUGAGUAGAGCGACAAAGGAACAUAGCCACGAAUCUUUACAUUCUGAACCUUAUGAAAUGCGAGGCAAGAGACACCGAGCUAUAUCUUUCAUCCCAUUACACGUUGAACCGCAACAAGACACAUUUUUUUCAUAUAAACUACACGUAUGUUGAAUAAGACUGUGUAUGCUGUGCGAAGGGAAUACGUGUUGCACGAAGAAUGAGCCGUGCUUCUUUUCCUCUUUUUUUUUUUUUUCUUCACUGAAUCCGAUGGUCGCAGGUCCUGAAACACAAUCCCCACCUGUUCCCUGAAUUACACGGAUGAACUUCGGUCUUUCCAGCAUGUCGAAUGAGUUCCAAAUUGCGCUUCCGCAAGACGGACGCAACGCUAUAUAGCCAGCCCAAUUUACACGUAUUCCGCACGGCCAACAAUACGGCGAACGACGUUAAUGAAGAGAAACAAACGCAAAGGUAGCGCCGUGCGAGAAUUAAAAUUUAACAUCAUUUCGGUUGUUGCAGGAAUACAUUGUCCUGAAUUGUUCACGAAUGAGCGUGGGCCGAAGUUUCCGAAGCUUUAAAGUGGCCUGCGCUUAGAGGCGUUCUGUGCUCGCAUUCAGGCUCGGGUAACUGCUGUUUUGUUUUUCUUAAUUUUCAUUUUGAUAUUUAAUGCUUAUUGCUGAAAACGCGGCAGAGAUGCAAUUAUAAUGUCCGCGGCGUGGGAUCAAUAUCGCGUACGAGGAAGGACCCUACGCUACACUCUCGGUAGAGCAAAAUUAAGUAUGUACAAUCACAAAUGACUUUAAAAAAAAACUGAGUCGCUGUAUUAACUAUAGCAUAGCGACGUAUGUUACAUAUAAAAAAGCAUAUCGAUCUUCAGAGCGAGAAGCAAGCUACUCCGCAAUUUGAUGCAAUUUCUUGCUGAGCAGAGCUACAGAAACAGUAAAUAUGGAAUACAACACGUCAAACAAUUUAAAAGCAAUAUAACGCACAUUUGAAAUGUGGAAACAAUGAGCAACGGCGUGUUAUUACUCCAUUAUUAUCGUUGAGCGCGUUGCGAAAAGGUCCUUGUGAACAUUCUCACUUUUUGGGCCGCUAGCGAGGCUUCACGCGAGGAACGCCCACACUGGCGGGAAGUACGUCACGAAAAGCGGGCUCAGUCAAUAAGCCCUGCGGAAGCGUUGUUGAAGCAAGUGUGACUGGGCAUUCCACGAUGCACUCUGCUGUAGUUCUUGCACGGGUCUUUUGUACUACCUAAAAAAAAAGAAACAGAAAAAAAAAAAGAACAAGUUAUCGAAACGUCGGAUGGGCUCCCACGGGUGAAUGCGAUUAAUUUUUUCAGAACAACAGCAACAACAACAUGUUUUUAAAGAAAUCGCGUUCCAGUGUUCUAAUAGGCACACUGAACACAUUUUCUCCCGAAACACAACAUUACCCUUAUAGUUUGACAAUGCUCAAGGCUUGACGUAGUCGAAAGUACAUUUUUGAAAUGUCCAAAUGAUUUGCUACCGUUCCUUACGUGAUCGUGUUCAAUGAUUAGAGUCGUAGACCGAGAGGUCGCGUAUAGCGGUUAAUUAAACUUAACCGCAUCAAAGCCGUACGGACAAUCAUUUAUCCUGAGGGCAACAAACAAUGCUCGGUUUCGAAGGCGAGUUGUAUAUGUAGUGGAUCGACAGGGACUGAAAGCAAAAAUAAAUAUAUUUGGGCAACACUCGCCGACACUAUUCGAGGGAAAAACACAUAUGUUACAGUUAAAGUUUAUAGUACAGUAGCUCGUUCAAUAUUUUCAUCCAAUUUAUAGCCCAAUCACCGUCUCUCAUCAUCAUCUUUCGUCAGUUCACUUCAACCCUCGAACCCAGGCAUGGGUUUUCAUUUUAUUUAUUCGCAUUCGCACAAUUUGAGAAGUAUGGUCCGCACACAAAUGUUGUCCGCUUCUAAUUCACAGACAAUUAAUUGUAAUCGAAGAAAAUACAGCCUGUCGCGGUCUUCAUGAACGACUUGCUCACCCACAAUCGAAAAGUCAAAUUUUCGGCAAUGCGAAAAAAAUAAUAAUAAUAACGCUAGAAGAAUAUGUAUCGAAAUUGAGAUAGAAGAGCUUCGAACCUACAGUUUAACUGGAAUCCACCGCACUGUUCCGGCGCCGGUAUAAAAUGGGCCAACAGCGACAUCAUGCGAUCUGGUGUGCUUCUCUGAGCCGGAUUGCAACGCAUCAGCAUCCACCGUUUAAACUGAUCAACGUAUCAUCGCCUUUCGAAAUAACCUACUAUGACAACCACGCUUCUAGCAGUCACUACAAUGGAAACUAGGCGACACCGUCCGCACAGGUAGCCACUCGUAGCCGGAGCCGUUCUGAGUUUGGAAUCGUCUGCUAUGACUGACAUGAAUUGAUAUGGAGCAGGCAUCAGAACUUCAAACGUCCACGACGCGAACAGAGGGGGAGCUGAAUCGCGCAGGCCCUCUUUACUCCAAGUGGCGCUGAAUAAAGUCAGAUUGAUUGUGACAUGUUGUUCGAUUGGAUUGGAUUGCAUUACGACGAAUGACGGUUUGUGUAUUUCAAUCGAACUUGCCACUUAGAAAUGUUGUCUGUCAAGCUAUAAUGCAGGGUUCCCUGUUUCCGGCAUUUGCUGAAAAAUACGUACAAACACCUGGAAAUUAGUCCUCUUUGUUCUUAUUUUGGACAUGUUCCGAAAUCUGUGGACUUUACCCACCUCAUAUGUCUGAUAAAAUCUUCCAAAUACGCAGUGUUUACGAGUAUAACGUCCCCUUCCCCUCGCACUACAUAACGCACUCCCUAAAUUCCCGUUCACUGACCAAGUGAGCGGGAUUUCCUCAAUUUCCCCCCAGUCGCGCUUGUCUAGGCUGACCCCUCCUUAAGUUUCCCAUAAUGAAACAAAAACAAGCAUUUACUCGUUCAACACGAUCGCUGCUCACUGUGCGGAGAUGACAACCGCCAUAAUGACAUAUUGGUGUAUCGAUUUCGCUGUAGCUGACAUCUCCAACUACUGAAUGCAAAAAUAUGUAUUUCUCAAGAAACGAGGGAGAUGUUAUUAAUCAAGGUCCUAGAGACCCGUGCUUCGAAUGCAUCUUUGAAAUGUGUUCUCAUGUGGGCGCAGCGAAAUCGAUGAGAGGAGCAUGAGGCAAGUACCUGACGAUGUCAACACAUUUCUAAUGCAGUGCUAGUGCACACGCUCUUCCAAAUAUUGGGUUCCUUCGCGUGCCCUACUGGUGUUAUAUGUCAGUUUGAAAGGAUGCGUCGUACCGUUUAUAUAUGUCACUAGUCACGAGCAUCAUAUAUUCAGCAUUCACUUUGCCCCUUAAUUUUAGAUGCCGAAAGAACCCGAAUUUAUAAAAUAUCCACAUAUUUUUCAUUUUCUCCCUAAUUUAAUCUAUAGGCGAAGAAAACAUGUCCCACUCUUGAGUUGAAUCUACACGUAGGAAAAUGUCGCAAACACGGAAUCCCAAAUGCAAACUCCAUGAAGAUGAAAUAUAUGUGAAAUGUAUGCAUGUGGUGAGUUCAGCAUUUAUCCUGAGAGAGAACAUGAAGAGAUCCUCGAAACCUCUGUAGGCAUACGUAAUGCAUUGCUGGCCGCCAAUACAUUCACCAUACCGAGUAUCAACCGAGCACCGGUUCUGAUAACGUAGAUAUUACCUAAAAAGUACGGCUAAAAAGACGGCGAUUGCUGCGACCCAACCGCUGCCGGCGCGAUGGAUAAACUCUAUGUGACGUCAGACACAGAACGCGUUCCCCACUGGCAGGCCGUACAACCUUGGAGUGAGCAAAUGAUGCAAGUGACGUCAGGCCGCUCGUGUGUGU